CGUGACUCCACUCGCCAGCAUCAUAUGCCCACCCGCCUGCCGCCCUCGAUGCCACCGUGCCACCACCCCCAUAUGAUCUGCCUGCAUGGCACGCUAGCUGCACCCUCCCUUCAUUGCUCUGCCUCCUCCUUGCUUCUCGUUCUUCACUCCACGUUCAACUGCUGUACUGCAUCCAUGCGCCACUCACACGACUCCACGUCCAUCGACUGCUGCUGAGAAGGGGAGAAGCAAUCGCCACUCCCGCCACAAACCCACCACACAAUGCCUUCCGACCCUUCAAUAACCCUCCACUCCGUCCCGGACCCAACCCUCCCCAUCGACUCCCCAACAACCCCCAUCAGCGUCACCAGCACCUCCAGCACCGAGGAGCCAGACACCGCCACCACAACCGCGCCCCCUCAACCCCAACAACACCCCCGCACCCACCUCCUCCCCGCCCGCCCCAAACUCCCCUCCCGCCAAUCCUCCGGCACCCUCAUCACCCCCUCCACCACGGCCGGCGACCCCAUGAUCGACGACGCAGGCCACCUCGACGAAGACGACGUGCGCAGCAUGUCGCCGCGGCGCAGCAGUGCGGAGCUCGCGCGGCUCUCCGAGACGGCACGCCAGGACAUGAUGGAGCAGGCGCGCGAGCUGCAGGCGAGUUUGCAGGCGAUUGUGGAGCGGGUGGAGACGGUCAAGAGCGAGCACGAGAAGUUGGAGGGCGGGAAUAAGUUUUUGUCGUCAUAUAUUGGUGAGCUGAUGCAAACUUCCAAGAUCACAUCGACGUCGUUGUCCAAGAAGGGCAAGGGGAGGAGUGGCAAGUGAGCCGGCCGAUUUGGGUUGCAUGGCGGGAGGAGUAAUUCGGGAACGAGCGAGCGCGUGCAUCGCGCGUCUUUUUGGGCUUUCCAGCAUGGCGGUAGUGGCAAGAAGGGGCGAAUCAUGUCAUUUGGAAAAAGGCGUUAAUGGAUGGGAUUCGGCGGCGUCGUUGUCGUUCGCCAUCACGAGAACCAUGGCGUACGGGCAACGAGAAUUGCAAUUGCCUCGAUCUUCUGGUGUACACUGCAGGAUAGUGAACCUUUACAUAGCUCGGAAUAACGAAGACAGGACAUUGAACACUCAACGCCUUGGCGGCAAGCACGCGAGUGAAAGCGAACGAACGGUAAGGAAGCAAUCCACAAAUAGAGGUU